AUGUCUUCUUCCAGCAGCUCUUCACUCACUUCCACCCUAAAAUCUGGCUGGAAAAACCUGACUGGAGGAGGCAACAAUAAAACAACAUCAUCCAGCAGCUCUCCAAACCUCGGAUCAUCACCCAUCGCGACAACAACCUCUCUCCACAAUAACAUCAACAACACGUCUCCCUCCACACCAACAACAUCAACAAGUGUUAUAAUUUCGAACGAAAUGAAUUCUUCAUCGUCGCCGCCACCUCUCGAUCAAAUGUCAGUCAAACAGUUGGUAGAAAAAAUUAACAUUUUACAAGUACAGCUGUUUAUGGUGACAAAAGAAAAACAACGAUUGGCUUAUCAGAACUCAUUGUUGGAAAAAGAAAAUCAAGAAUUACAGCAAUUGCUGAAACGACAAGCUUCGAACAGUGUGAAAACCAAUUCCGAACAAGAAAAGAAAGUUGAUACUUUGAUUUCUAAAUUUGAAAAAGUUUCAGAAUCCAUUCAAGCCAUGCAUAUCAAGCAGCGGGAUAAUAGUACCAACGGUUCCAAGUCGAGUUUUGGUUCACAAUCUUCCAUACAUAUCGAUAAGAAAAAACAUGAAGAGGAAUCUUUGGCUGCAUAUCCUUCAAGCGAAGAGACCGACUCUGAAGAUGAUGACACAAGUUCUAGCACCACUCUUUCAUCAUCAAAUUCAAGCUUCAAAGUUCAAUCAGAUGAUCUUUCAUCAUCCUCUUCAUCUCAUGAUCAUUUAGGUGAUAUGGACAACCUUAUUGUUCAAGCAAAAAACAGAAAGACAAGAUUACCCUCUGUGUUUAGAAAACCAAUACAACCUUCAAAUUCUUUUGCAGAAAAGAAAUUAUCCACAACUAACACAAGUAGUAGCAAUCUAUUACUUUUGACUGAAUCAGUUGCUCCUGUUGUUUCCAAUUCGUCGUCAUCUUCAUCAUUGGGCACAUCACAAACAAUGCAAAUUGCUGUUGAAAACAAAGCCAUAAAGGAAAAAGUUAAAACCACCAAUGGAACCUUAAUUAUUGAAUAUCCUGUGAAUCCAAUUUUCAGCAAAUCUCAACAAACAACUUCAGGAGGAAAACGUGUCACAAAAGGAGCUAAAGUAUCUGUCAUUCAAAUUGAUGACAUGUUUGCAGAACCAGUUCAAGGUUUUGUGGUAGGAAAUGAUUCUCGUCUCUCGUGUGAAGGAGAUCGAAAUGCUGCUGCCAAAAUGGCUGUUGAAAGAUUUUCAAAAGACAUCUUACAUCAAUGUAGAGAAUAUAUUCAAAAUGAAAAACAAGGAAAAGAAUUGAACGAAGGAGAAGUAUUCUGCAGUACUUUUGUGAAACCUCAAUCUUUGAGUGGAUCAUUUUCCAAUUUAUCAAACUCAUCUUUCCAUUUGAUUCAUAUCAAUACUGGAAGUGCUACUUCUCAAGUGAGUUCCAGCAAAUCGAGCGAUGAAUUGGACGGUGUGAAUUUAGACUCAAAUGAAUUGACCAAAACCAAAUUCUACAACUCUCUUAGUAAUGCCGUUCACAACGCUCUCGAAUGCAUUGACACCUUGGAAUGUCACUCCAUUGCUUUUGCACCAUUCCUCUAUCGAACACCCAAAACUUCAGAAGUCAUUCCUCAAUAUGGACUCGCAAAGAGUCAAUGGCUAGCGGCAGCAAGAUGUUUUUUCAGAUCCACUUUUGAGCACUGUAUUGAAAAUCGUCUUUCAAGUACCUUGUUAGACAUUCGAUUCAUUGUCACCACAGAGGAAGAAGCAAAAAUUUUGAAACAUCACUUGGAUAUUGAUUUCCAAUUUUUCAUUUUCAAUUUUGUGAAAUUUCAAGCUCAAUUUUCAAGACCUACCUCUGCGUUGGCAUCAACAGUGAUUGCACCUCAACCUGCUGAGGAGGCUAUCAAAGAAAAAGAUCCAAAGAAUUACUAUGAUCAUGAUUUCACAGAGACGCUCUAUGAUGUUGUUGAGGAUUCACCAGAAAAUAUCGAAUGGAUGGAUUCCACAGAUGAAGAAUCUGAUCAAGCCAUGGAAAUUAAAUGUGCCACACUUGACAAACUCAUUGAAAGAGUGACCUAUCACAAGAAUUACGACAAUGCCUACUUGUAUGCAUUUUUAUUGACCUAUCGAUCUUUUACAACACCUCACGAAUUGAUGGACAAAUUGAUUGCACGAUACAAUUUACCUCCACCAAAUGCCAAGACUAUUACAAAAUCUGAAUUUACCAAGUGGCAAGAAGAAGUAUUGCAACAAGUUCGUCUACGAGUGACACAAGUCAUCAAAUUUUGGAUUGAAAAUCAUUAUCAUGAUUUUGAGAAUGAUUCCGAGUUGUUAGAAAAAGUGAAAAAGUUGAGUCUCAUCAUGGAGAAUACUCAGGGCAAACACUUUGCCACUCAAUUAUUGAAUUCUAUCAAGAGACAACAAUCACUCAACAAUAGCAAUGUAGAAGUAUUUGUCAAGAUUGAAACUGUGGUAAAAUAUCCGAAAAAGUAUCGACCUGGAAAGGAUGACCUGUCCAAGUUUGACAUUUUAGAUUGGCCCAGUGCUGAAAUUGCACGACAAAUCACUCUCAUUGAAUACAACAUGUUUAAGGCAAUUAAGCCAAAGGAAUGUCUCAAUCAAUCAUGGAAUAAGGAAUCAAGAGAACAAAAAGCAUUUAACAUUUAUCAAAUGAUUACAUGGUUCAAUCGAGUUUCAAAAUGGGUUGCAAGUCGAAUAUUGAGCGAACCCAACAUUAAGGAUCGAAAAGCGGUCAUGACAAAAAUGAUACAAAUUGCUGAAGAGUGUCGAAAAUUGAAUAAUUUCAAUGCCGUAUUCGAAUUUGUGAGUGGUUUACAAAAUUCUGCUGUGCAUCGUCUCAAAAAGACAUGGGAACUCUUGAAGAGCGAAGCGAAAAGAGAUCAUGAUGAGCUACUCGCACUCAUCAGUGGUGAUAACAAUUUCAGAGCCAUUCGUCACGCAAUACUCUAUGUCAAACCACCUUGCAUUCCAUAUAUUGGAGUUACAUUGACAGAUUUAACCUUCAUUGAAGAUGGAAAUCCAAAUAUUCUCAAUGACAAGAUUAAUUUUAUUAAGAGAAGGAAAUUGGCCAUGCUGAUUCGAGACAUUCAGACCUAUCAACAAACCCCGUACUCUCUACAGAGUGUUCCCGAAUUGCAGGAACGAUUGAAAGCCAUUUCGAAUAUUGACGAUGAAAAAUUGUACAAGUUGUCCUUGGAUUUUGAACCAAGACAACAAAAGACAACCAACGUGUAA